AUGGCUAGCAACAACGUUCCGAAACCAAACUCUCCGGCUGUCUUGUCGACGCCUCCGGGCUUUCGAAGCCGUCACGACUCCAUCAACUCUAUAUCGACGGCUUCGCAGGCCGACAAGGACCAGCUGGCCCAUACUCUCAACAGGAUUCAUACCUCUGCGAGCCAGUCCGACUCCCUUACGACCUUCAACGACUUCGCUCCCCCUCCAUCUUCGCUCCCAGCGACCGAAACAAAGGCUUUGACCGGCGAGUACGUACAAAAUGGACUCAGUGGACUGUACAGCCGUCUCAAAGAGGCUGUUGGUGCCGUUGGCACGAGGGCGCAGGAUGCAGAUGAUGCAGACAGUUUCGACGCCGCUUCAAAACGCAGCACCAGCACGACGGCUACUUCGGUCAAGACUCCAACUACAUCUCUUGCGCGUGUAGAGACUGCCGCAACGGUUUCCUCUUUCAACUCGUCCGCGACCAACGAUGGUCCUAUGACGGCCACGACCUCUUCAGGAAUAAACACGACUUUGUCCGACAGCCUGUCUCAACCACCUCAGUCCUCCAAGGCGACCUCGAUAGCUGCGAUGACGGCUUCCAAGUCGAGUACAUCUAGUCGACAGAGCAGCUUACCCAGUGUGGCUAAAGCAUCGGCGGUCACGGCCAUCAACCCAGAGGUUGCGCCUGCUACAGCAACAAGAAGCUUGGCACAUGCUGAAGAUGGACCUAUUCGGUCCUCUGGGAGGCGAAGCAUCAGCAAGCCGGAUUCCCGGCCACUUGUGAUCGGUGAAGGCUCUCACAAGUUCGACGUCCUCGAACCCAAGCCCUCCGUCGCUCUGGAUCGAAGCCACGCGAGCUCUCGAUCCAGACGCGAAGACAUCACGAUCGUUGAUGGUCCUGCCGAGAAGCCCUUGAGUCCCAUCAAAACAAAUGCCCCGCCGCUGCCUAAGUUACAGACGACGGACCCUCGAUCGCCAGUUUCUUCAGCUGCGUCAAUGCUUAUUGCUCCCAAAAGACCGGCUGUCAUCGACCGCAUCAGUCGCUCUAGAUCGCCAGGGUAUGCGCCCUCACGAUCAUCGUCCAUGGAGCAUGUCACCGCAGAGCCCAGCCCGAUCAGCACUACUGCUCAUGACUCGGUGUACCAUGAUUCUUUUGCCCACGAUUCUCAGCCGAAGCACGGAAGAACUGGAGCGCUGCGGAUUCCUGGCACAACGACGAACGAGGGCGCGCCGGAACAAGUCAAUGCGAGACUCGAUCGUAUGCGAAGACAGGUGUUAAGUAAAGAAUUCUGGAUGGCCGACGAGACUUGCAAAGAGUGCUUUAUCUGUGGACAACCAUUCUCAGCAUUCAGAAGGAAGCACCAUUGCAGAACUUGCGGUUGCAUCUUCGAUUCCAAAUGUACCUCCAUCAUUCCGGGCUCAAAGUUUGGAAUGACCGGAACCUUGCGAGUUUGCAAAACAUGUCUGAAAGUCAUCAACCAACGCCUUUACGAGGGUAGUGGUUCGGAAGACUCCGGGGACGACUCAUUCUUGCCAGCCAUCUUCCGACAAACAAAGGCUACCCCGAAGGUCACUCAGGUUGAGGCCGAGGUUGCAGAACCCAGUUUCGCUGAUAGGAUGGAAGGUUUGGAUGACGCCAGAUCUGUCCAAACACCCAUGAUGGCCAUUCCCACCAGGCGGAUCAACGACUCUAACAGAAAUUCGGCCAUUUUGGAAAUAGACGCGCCGCAGCUCAGUCGCCCGAGCUCGUCUCGGUCUUUGAGAUCUUUGACUUCUGCCAAUCGUCCGCAAUCGUCGGGUCACAAGAGACAUCAUUCGAAGCAUCACAACAACUUUCUCGCGCGGUUCAAGCCGAUGCCAAUGCCGGAUGUCGACAGAGCCCCUUUUCGCAAAGGCAUAACCGACGAGAUGACAAAGAAGCCAAAGUAUCCUGCAUUUCACGACGACAAUAUCAUCGAUCCGGAGCUGGCCGCUUAUAUGUCAGACGAGUCCAGCGGCGACGAACAAAUGAGCAUUUUUGCCACCAUGUCAAGUGCCGAUCUCCAACCUUCCAGCUACGACCACGAGAAGUCCAGUUUCGGACCGUUUUUGAGCGCGGGUAGAAGACAUCGAUUGGGCCGAGGCGAGAAGAGUGUUAGUGGACUGAGCUUCACCAGUCGCGGGAUGGACGAUAAUGCCGGUUCUGGUAGCCUCAUUGGGCAUGGACGACCAGCUAGGAGACGCAACUUGAGCAACGUGAGCCACCAAAUGCGGUCUCCGCGCCCAAAAUCCGGCAUCUUCAAGGGUCCCUCAGCGUCGAACGAGCACGUAUUUACCAUCGAGAACCCCGCCAUUGAAGCAACCAAGCUCACCAGGAGCGACUCCAUGCAAGAUGACAAACAGCCGCAGGUGGAGUUGAAUCCAUCAAGCAUGUUACAUGUGAAAAAAUUGCUGCAUCAGCUUCUCGAAGAUUCCGGAAUACCAAAUGUGCCCGCCUGGGAGAAGGCCUUGGUUCCCAUCUUGCUUCAAUGUACGGAUGACGUUACUCCCGACAUUAGAGCAGGGGACGACAUGGACAUUCGGCAUUACGUCAAACUCAAGAAGAUUCCGGGAGGAAAACCUGGAGACACCAGCUAUGUCUCCGGAGUUAUCUUCACCAAGAACCUAGCUCUGAAGAGCAUGCCUCGUCGCAUCAUCAAUCCUCGGAUUGUCAUAGUUUCGUUCCCAAUUGAGUACCAAAGACACCAGCAGCACUUCAUGAGUCUUCAGCCAGUCAUCGAACAAGAGAAGGAGUUUUUACGGAUUGUGGUCAACCGCAUCAUCAAUUUACGCCCUCAAUUGUUGCUUUGCGAAAAGUCCGUCUCUGGCGUUGCUCUGCAAUACCUCUCCGAGGCCAACAUCGCGGUUGCCUACAAUGUCAAGCCUUCCGUCAUCGAAGCAGUAUCAAGAUGCGCAGAGACGGAUAUUAUCUCGUCUCUUGACAUGCUGGCGUUACAAGUUCAAGUCGGCAGGUCUGGCGGCUUCGAAGUUAAGACUUACGUCAACAAGAACUACCCAGGCAAGAAAAAGACGUACAUCUUCCUCUCUGGAUGUUCCGAAAAGCUUGGCUGCACCAUCGCCCUGCGUGGAGACUCUACAGAAGUCCUAUCGAAGAUGAAGAAGAUCACUGAAUUCAUGGUUUACGUCGUGUACAACCUGAAGCUGGAAACAUGUUUAAUGAGGGACGAAUAUAUUCAGCUGCCUGCUGAAGUUGAUGAAUCGUCAUCCUUGGCAUCAUCCCUCCGUCAACCAGCCGAAGACGGCUCCCGGUCCCUUAGCGCGUCCAUGGAGAGCGCAAAGAAUGACCAAUCCCUCGUUAAGACAUCGCCAUCUGAGUCUGAAAUUCCUUCUCAGACCAGCAACGGCACAUCCAUGGUCACUGCCGAGGGCACUGUGUCGUCCGACCAAACCGAAGAACCAUCGGUGGACGAGAGGCCGAAACCUGUCUCUAUGCACACCUCCCACGUCCCGCCGACGUCUCCUGAGUCACAGGUGCCCGAAGACGUUCCGAUGCCAACUUAUUACAGCGAUAUGGUUGCAAGAUAUGAGACCAAGAUUCUGUCUGCGUCUCCAUUUGUCAAAUUUGCUCAGCCCUACCUGCUCAUGAAAGCCCGCGAGCAAGAGCGGAGACUGGUCUACCUGAAAAGGUUGCGGGACCAGGACGUAAUAGAGGAGCAAACCGAUGCUGAGAAGUCUAAGUCCCAGAAGUUUCAGUUGAUAAAACCUGAAAUGGUUCAUGCAAUUGGACAGAAAGCGCCACGCCAAAUUAUGGAGGUGCUUCAUGCCGUUCACGACGCCGAGUACGACAAGGCACUUUACAACUACCAGACUCAGACAAGACAAUGGGAGAAUUACAUCCAAGGCAACCUCGACUUGUUCGAUCCUUACUCCCAUCAGAACAUUGUCGUUCUGUACUCGGAAAUUUGCACAGAGACGAAGAUCCCUUGCCAAGAACCUGGACUCAUAGCCAUCGGGUUCUACGACGAACACGUCGAUGACAGCGGAAGCAUGUAUCCUGAUUGCACACUCGGUCAGUAUAUUGAAGAUCUCUGUGUCAACAAUGACUCUAUUUGCACAGCCAAUGGGUGCGAUCGGAAGAUGACAGAACAUCACCGCACCUACGUACACGAUGAGUCGCGGGUCACAAUCUUCGUCGAGCAGCCAACCCUUAAGCAGAGACGUAAUAUUGACGGCAUAACUAUGUGGAGCUAUUGCAAGAUCUGCAAGAAGAAUUCGCCUGAGAUGGGCAUGUCCGAUAGCACCUGGAAGUACUCGUUCGGGAAAUAUCUCGAGCUUCUUUUCUGGAGCAGAGGUUUGCGGCUCCACGACAUGACGGGAUGUGCUCAUGAUCAUCAUCGAGAUCACAUUCGAUAUUUCCAGUACCGCGACACAUGGGUUAGAAUUCAUUACGACCCAAUCGACCUCCUCGAAAUCAUUGUUCCCAGGGCUCGGAUCACCUGGAAGGUGGAGAACGACCUGAAACUCAAGAACGAAAUAUUCAACAAGAUCGAGGAGCGAUGGGUUCGCUUCAUGAAUUCCGUCAAGCUGAGAAUCAAGAGCAUCCGCAUCGACAGCGUUCUCCCCGAAAAGGCAGAGGCCUGUAAGGCUGAAGUUGACAGACUCGCCAAGAAAGCUCAGGAAGAUCAGCUCCUGCUGAUCCGCUGUCUGCAAGAGACCUACGUCAACUCCAAGUACUACGAGGUCAUUCCUUUUAAUGCGAUUGUCAGAGAAAUGUUGGAGAAAGCAGGAGACUGGGAUGCCUCAUUCUCCAAGUUCGAGGUCGACUUCCUGCCAGACAAGGAUCUGCGGCAGUUGACAAUGAUUCAACUCAAAAAGAUCUUCACCGACAAUGAGUCGAGAGAGUCCCUUCCUUCGACAGAUGGCACCGCAUCAACGGUUGAUACGGGAGAUCUUCCUUCGCAAACGUUCUCGGAUGUUGACGAAAAGGUCUCAACUCAGCCGACGGAUGCGACAGAGCCCAGUGCAGACGAAAUUACGGACCAGCCCAAGACCGAGGACGAAGAAAAGGGGGAUGACGGAGGACAAGUGGAAGAGCAAGAAGAAAGCCAGGAAAGCCAGGAGAAGGAACCCGAAUCCGAGGCGGCGUCAGUGCCAAUUUCUGUUCCCGACUCUACUCAGGAGACAGAUCAGCAGCCGGAACAGAAGGACAAGGCCAUUUCCCAAGAAGAAUCGACUUCGGAAGCCAGCAAGAUCAGCACACCGGCCGAAGCUGUACUUGAGAGAGUAGAGCCUUUGGAUCUCGCCACAUCAAGCUCACCUACAGUGAAAACCUCAUUCUCGCUGGCACCCGCCUCAGAGAACGCAGACAAGUCAUCAGUUCUGGCCACUAUCGAGCCAGCGUCCCCUGGUGCCAGGCCUCCGCUAACCACGAUGUCCACCGGUGUUUCGUUAUCCGAGAAAGUCGAACAGCUUCGCCGUGAGCAUCAAGCCAUGGGUGCAGAAACACCUACGACAGAAGAGCCGGUCGAGGCGCCGCCAAAGCCGAACCCAGAGCGUCUUAUCGCCCGCAGAGCUCCGAUGAUUAGAACUCUAUCGCAGCCUGGGCAGACACUGCCGCGGUCGCAGUCAAGCUUUGGCAAGCCGAUUAUGCCGAAGGAUGCCAGUGAUACCUCAACUGAAUCGUCAUUCAAGAUCGAUAAGAAGCCGUUCGAUCGCCUCGGUUUGGGUAUGAAAAGCCAUAGGAAAGCUGGUCCAUCCUCCAUUCCUCGCCUGAUCACCAAGAAGAAGGAUACACACGUGUCUUCACAGGUGUCUAGAAUUGCCCGACACUUUGAGCAGUUGAGCCGCGAGUUCGAGAAAGAAAGGCAACGCGAAGAUCGGAGAAAGCGCCUGGCUAAGGGACCCCAGCCCCGGGCUGGACUGCCACGAUCAGCCACUAAGGCCAUUGUGGAGGUCUACCAUAAUAUCGACAACGCCGUACAGGAGCCUGGGCCAUCGACAACGGAUCACAACAACGACAUCAAGAUCCUUGAGCCCAAGACAGCUCCUGUCACUCCCGCUCCAGACACGGUCCACACGGAACCUACGCCUGAGCCACCCGUGGAAGACACACAGCCAGUUCCCGAGGCACCUCCUCCCGUAGACGAGCAUCAUGUCGGUGGAGAAACAGAUGACACCGCAACAGUUACUGCCAGCCACGGUGGCUCCGACGAUGAGGGGCAAAGCGACAACGAACAGUCCAUUCUUGACGACUUGCUCCCCGAUGUGAAGGAACUGGCUGAUUCUCUGGAGCCCAGCACGGAAAUUCCAUUGGAACUGCCCAAACACCAGAAGACCAGUCUAAUGAAGAUGCUCACAAACUUCUGGGCCGAGCGAUCUGCAAGUGGCUGGCCUCAGCUUGACUACCCAGUAAACGCCAGCGAUCACAUCUUUCUCGACUCAGACGUCAUUGUGCGAGAGGACGAGCCGAGUUCCGUUAUUGCAUUUGCCCUCAGCUCGGACGACUACCGAACAAAAUUGGCCGACAUCCGCCGCCAAGAACGGAUCGCGAUUCAGAAAGAUCACGAAGCUUCAAAUCUCGACGGCAAGUCUUCUGGCAUGUCCGACACUGGGGGCGAAUUCGUCAUGGCUGAGGGUGAGUUGGAGAAGAGUCUACUCAGGGCGACUGGUACCCACUUGAAGUACCAGUUCAAAGAGGGCUCUGCAACAAUGCUCUGCAAAAUCUUUUACGCGGAGCAAUUUGAUGCGUUGCGUCGGAAAUGUGGCGUGGCGGAUCGCAUUGUUGAGUCCCUGUCUAGGUGUCUGAAAUGGGAUUCGAAGGGAGGCAAGACCAAGUCAGUGUUUCUCAAGACCCUCGACGACAGGCUUGUGUUGAAAGGACUGUCUCCAAUCGAGACCUCUGCUUUCUUACGAUUCGCGCCAGCCUACUUUGGCAUCAUGGCGGAGGCUCUGUUCCACGACCUUCCGUCCGUGAUUGCCAAGAUGUUAGGCUUCUUUCAGCUUAUCAUCAAGAACCCAGUCACCGGCGUGGAGAUCAAGUUGGACCUGCUGCUCAUGGAGAACCUUUUCUACGAUCGAGGACCGACACGCCUCUUCGACUUGAAGGGUUCCAUGCGCAACCGUAAAAUCCAGUCCACGGGCGAACAGAACGAGGUGCUUUUGGACGAAAACAUGGUAGAGUUCAUUUAUGAGUCGCCUCUGUUCGCGCGAGAGCAUUCCAAGAAGCUGCUGAGGGCAUCGGUGUGGAACGAUACCCUAUUUCUUGCGCGGCAGAAUGUUAUGGACUACUCGUUGAUGAUCGCGGUUGAUGAGUCCAGAAAGGAGUUAGUCGUCGGCAUUAUCGAUUGCAUCCGCACAUACACGUGGGACAAGAAAUUAGAGAGUUGGAUCAAAGACCGCGGUUUCGCAGGCGGUGGCAGGAACCGUCCAACGGUCACCAGUCCAAAGGAGUACAAGUCUCGUUUCAGAGAGGCAAUGGCCAGGUACAUCCUCCAAGCACCAAAUUGCUGGCAUCAGUUCGGUGUGCCUCAGCAGAUGGCCAACACCAUGAGGCCGCGAUUCGAAUCAGACACCAAGCCGGAGUGA